GAAUUGUCUUCAUUCAUUGUUUUGGUAGAGUUCUAAUUAGGAUUUUUGAACUUUAUAAAAAGGGGGAAUAUGCCUGCAUCUACAAAGAUACCCAAAGCACUGUUACAGAUUUUUGAAACCCAAAGUGAUGAUGAAGAUUUCAAAGGGUUCAGGAAUUCCCUUCCAAUGGAAAUAUCAUCAGAGGAUAGCCGGGACAGCUUCCAGUCACAGGAUUCGGGAAAGGGAGAUCUCUGCUUUCGCUCCAAGUAUAUCACUGAGGAGCUGAUGAAGGUUUUUACAGAGGACACAGACACUGAGGAUGAGGAGUUUGAGGGCUUUACGGAGGGUGAUCUGCAACUGAAUGACUGGAUGAAAUCCAUGUCCAUGGAUUCUGGUUCUGAAGAGGACAUUGGUUUCUCCUCUGAUGAUGAGCAAGACAUCCCUCCAAAGAAGAGAGUCUCCGGACUUUGUGUUGCAUUCAGAUUCCCCAUCAAGAAGACCGUUGGAAUACCUUUAUCAAAGGGGAAGAAAGAGUCUUUGAAAUAUGAGGAGGAGGAGGGUAACCGCAAAGGGAAAGCCACACCACAGCGUCAGACAGCAGUCUCUGAUUCUGACCCAGAGGAAGACCGUGACGAUGCAGCAGACCAGCCAAACACUUUACAGAAACGGGCAAAGAACAUCAAAGAAAACAAAGACAUGCUUGCUAAGUUACUGGCUGAACUGAAUUCCAUGCCUGACCUUUUCCCUAUGAAGACACCCAGUACAACUCCUAAACGGAAAAAAUCCCCAAAGAAGAGUUUUUCAGAAGGACAGAGCGGGCGUCGAAACCCUUCCCGGAGAGCCCGACCCCCUGAGCGGUUUGGCUUGGAGGGCUUUUCCAUGUCCCCCACCAAACUAAUGGAGCAGCUCAACAGCAUUAGCAGGAGAGCAGCAAUGAGAAAGAAGUUGACUGAGGUGAAUGAAGAGAUGAGCAGUGGCAGACCCAGAAAGAGGGCUUCUCAACACAGCGAUCAGCGCUCUGUGGAAGACAUAACUGAAGAGGAAUUAGAGAAUGUGGCCAUAUCCUCUAAAGACAAACUUUACGAUAAAAUUAACGGGAGCACUUGUCAUCAGUGCAGACAGAAAACCAUAGACAGUAAAACAGUCUGCCGGAAUCCCAACUGUUGGGGUGUGAGGGGCCAGUUUUGUGGACCCUGCCUUCGCAAUCGCUAUGGGGAAGAUGUGCGAUCAGCACUGCUAGACCCUCUGUGGGUCUGCCCUCCAUGUAGAGGUGUCUGCAACUGCAGCUUCUGUCGCAGAAGGGAUGGCCGAUGUGCCACUGGCAUGUUGAUCCAUAUGGCGAAAUUCUACGGCCACGGCAAUGUUAAGGAAUACUUGGAAAGCGUUCAGAAAGAACUGUCAAUGGAAAAGUGAGGCCCCGCAAAGACAGAACGGAGCUUGGAUAUACUCUGCCUGAGUUGUGUUUUGGAACAGGUUGUUCUUGAGCAGUUUAAGAUCAUUCUAGUUUAACACAAACCUUUUCAACAGUUCAACAGCUGUAUUGUUUGUAAAGUCUUUGUUUAUAGUUCUAAUUCUUGUUUAAUCUCUGAGACUAAAAUUAAAACACAUGCCUUGUUUCACAGACCUGAACUGCCACUAAGCCAUUUAUGUUUUGUCUUCAGAUGAUUACAUGUUAUUGAAUACAAAUGUUUACACACCAUUUAUUCAAGAACAUGUUAACUUUCUAAGUGUGAUUGAAACACUAUCCACAAACAAAAUGCUGGAGGAGUUUCGAUAAGGGUCUAAAGUAUGAAAAUAUUCUAAAUUUGGAAAUCAAAGGUUGCAAAGAGGCUGAGAGAAGUUGUGUCUUUUUAGAUUGUUUUUCAAGACAAAGUCUAGUUAAGAAACAUGUUGAUCCCAAUGCAUAGUUGCACAUUUGUUUAAACCCUUGCCAGUUAUAUUUGCACUCUAAACAUAUAUAUAAUUUUUUUUUUUUUUUUUUAAGAUGUUGAGGGGUCUUUUUCUGACCUAAUACAAUUGCACUUUUGUGAGUGUCACAAAGGUGCAGAAUUUUAAAAACGUUUUAUAUAUAUAGGAUGAUUACCAAUGGUAGUGAUCCUGUUUUUGUUUGUUGGCAUGGUUAAUUUUUAAGUCAUUUAUGUACACUGGACAGAAAGCCACUUUAAAUAUGUAAACUGCAGUUUACUGCAAUACAUAUUCGUGAGUCUGUUAAAUAAAUACAACAGUGCAUUUUAUUAA